UGGCACGCACAACAAUAAGACACGACGUAAGAAUAAAGCGCGCGUUUCAACGCUAUUUGCAGCGUGCCCUCAGUUUUUUUCAGUUCUAAAACGCCGGCGUUUUUCUUCAUUCCAACGGGGCCGUUGUAUUCAUUUCACCUUCAGCUGUAUCAUUCUGUAUCUCCUUCCUCUCUCUAAGCAUCGCCAUGGAUUCCGAUACAUCGAAAACCGCCACUGAAUCACAAAAACCGGCGAUCCCUAAAACUCUAGCACCGCCAUCAAAAGAGAAAGACUUUCUCAACCACCUCGAAACUUACCUCGCAAAGCGAGACGGUGUUGACAAACUCCUUAAAAUCUCACGUUACGCCUCUAAAAUUAUCUUAGCCUCCAAUACCCUUCCCGAAACCCUAAUUUUAACACAGCGAUUAAAAAGCUUCGAGUCAAGUGUAGGAUUGAGUCGCAAAGCAUUUCGACUCGGUAAAUUUGUUCAAGACAUAAAUUCAAUUAGAAACUCUCAUUUCGAUACCAAACAAGAAGUUGUACUCUCUAUAAUUGCAUAUGGGGGCGAGGGAUUGUAUUAUUUUGUUGAACAGUUUGUUUGGCUGGUUAAAGCUGGGUUAAUUGAUGGUAAACACACGAAAAAAUUGGGAAAGAUUAGUGCUUGGGCUGAGUUUGUUGGUUAUAUAGGGAGUAUUAGUAUUAAAUUAAGAGAUUUGAAGAAAUUAAAUGAAAAUGAGGUGUGUUUGGGAUCAAGUAUUGAGGUUGCUGCGGUGAGAGGGAAUGGGUUUGAAGAAGAAGAGAAGAGAAUGAGAAAGUUGAGAGAGAAGAAGUUGAUGAAGAAGCUAUCGAUUGCGCAGGAUUUUGCUGAUGGGUUAAUGGCUUUAGCUGAUAUUAGAGAUGGGAAGGGAAGGUUGUCAGGUCCGCUUUGGGUUUCAGUUGCUGGACUUUUGUCUGCUUUGAUUAGUACUCGUAAGAAUUGGGUUUCUUGCUGAAGGUAUUGAAUUAAGCAUCUAGUACAAUUGUUUCUUUUUCAAGUUAUGAAUUCAGAGGUUUACUGAAAGUAAUGGAAUUUUAUUAUGUAGCUGCAAAAAUUGAGAUGAAAGAAAAGAAAAGAAAAAUAAGACUUAUGCUGUGGGGUGAGAGAUAGAAAUAUGCCCCUUUAAAGCUCAUAUAUAUUUCCUUCAAUAAUAUUUAUACCAGACAUUGGUUGGGAUCAA